CCAAUGAGAAGCACCCAUAACACCCACAACGGCGGUCCGUGCGGCUCCAUAUUGGAUCUGCCUUUUCUUAGAAAUACAUUGCGCUGGAGGUCUUUCUGCGCAUAUUGUCAAAUAUACAAGCCAGGCAGCCGGCUCUGCUUCCCGGGGGCUCAGGUAUGAGGGAUGUUGACGACAAUAGGAGCUGUCACGGACAAAUGUUCUCCAGUGCUUUGUUUUACGCACCGGCGUCAUUCGCACAGUUUAUAACUGGGCUGAGAAAUUAGGUUAGAGGCGCACCUGACGACCGGAGCGAAAAGUGGUAUGCAGGCUGAGGAAGAAAUAAUUGGAUUGAGAUAACGCCGCACAGGCAGUAAGUAUAGUUACCGUAACUAUGUUGUGAAUGUUUACUUUAAACCAACGCAUUUCCUCUUUUUUUGAAUUAAUAAUCAAUAACCUGACUGAUACUGUUUCUCCCCGCGUGGCCGAGUAGAUAAUGGUUUCCAGAUAAGAAACUGGUUACCUGGUGUGAAUAUUUAACGCCUGCGGAGACAUGAUUAUUCUCUAUUUCACAUGUUUCAACAAGUCACCUGACCCGCUACACCCGCGAACUUACUGCCCGAGAACUCCUCACGUGAGCGUUUCAUUACCCAAACAUGUCUUAUUUCCUCUUGUCUGUGCUUGAAGUGGAAAACACAAGGGCCAGUACUUCCCUUAUUCACAUGUCAGCAUCAGCAGUCUCUUGCUACUUAUUCCUGUCUAUUUAUUAUUUCGUUAAGCAUGUUAUACUGUGCCUGUCAUAAUUAGUUGCGAUUUUAUGGUUAUUAUUAUAUUUGGGCUUUGCAUCUUUUAUGGUCGGUCUAUAAUACUCUUAUAAUAAUCCAGUUGAAACGUUAUAUGGUUAUGGUGGUGUAUUUGUAUGUUUACCCAAUGUGUUAAUACUUAAAGUGCUUCCCUGUGUUAUUUGUAUCCUGUAGUAUCGCUCUAUGAUAUAUUAUAGGAUGCGUAUACAGCCUGGAAUCAACUUCAGCCUGCCAGACAGACAGUGAUGUUCACACUCACUGAGGUUGCAUCCUUGAAUGACAUCCAGCCGACGUACCGCAUCCUGAAGCCAUGGUGGGACGUCUUCAUGGACUACCUGGGGCUGGUCAUGCUCAUGCUGGCCAUAUUCGCCAUGACCAUGCAGAUCACCAAGGACCAGGUGGCCUGCCUUCCGUGUCUGGAGGACCCGGAGGACCCCUCGGGAGCUAAGCCUAACUCCUUCACGCAGCAGAGCGCACAGAAAGCAGCCUCAACAGCAACCACCGUGGCAACCCCCCUCCCCCUCGUCACUAAGGACUUACCAGACGAAAUUGCCCAUGAAAUCCACGUCACACACCAACACACUGCUGUGUUCGCAGAUAGAUAUGCCAAUCAACCUCAACCGACAGGGGUCAGGACCAACCUGGACUAUCAACAAUAUAUCUUCAUCAACCAAAUAUGUUACCAUGUUGCCUUGCCCUGGUAUUCCAAGUACUUUCCUUACCUCACACUCAUCCACACCAUUGUUCUCAUGGUCAGUAGCAAUUUCUGGUUCAAAUACCCCAAAACAAGCUCAAAGAUUGAGCAUUUUGUUUCGAUUCUAGGUAGAUGCUUUGAGUCUCCCUGGACCACGAAGGCUUUGUCUGAAACGGCUUGUGAGGACUCUGAGGAGAACAAACAACGGUUGACCGGCACCUCCAGUGCACCUAAGCAGGUAUCUUUAGAGGGGAAGGACGACGGCACAAAUGUCAACUCGUCCACACCCAUGCUCGGGGUGAAGUUCUCUGCAGAUAAGCCCAUCGCAGAGGUACCAAGUAGUAUGACAAUCCUGGACAAGAAAGACGGGGAGCAGGCCAAAGCCUUGUUUGAGAAAGUAAGAAAAUUCCGAGCUCAUGUGGAGGACAGUGAUUUCAUCUACAAGCUUUAUGUAGCACAGACCGUUGUCAAAACCGUCAAGUUUAUUUUGAUAUUAUCCUACACUUCAACCUUUUUGGCUAAAAUAAAUUUCAAGCACGAUUGUGAACCCGAUAUCAAACAGCUAACGGGGUACUCAAAGUUCUUCUGUACGCACAACAUGGCUUUCAUGCUGAACAAGCUGCUUAUUAGCUACAUGGCUUUGAUUUUGAUCUACGGGAUGGCUUGCUUGUACUCUCUCUUUUGGGUGUUUCGACGGCCUCUGAAAGAGUACUCAUUCGAGAAAGUCCGGGAGGAGAGCAGCUUUAGUGACAUUCCUGAUGUCAAAAAUGACUUUGCAUUCCUCUUACACAUGGUUGACCAGUAUGACCAACUCUACUCCAAACGCUUUGGUGUCUUCUUGUCUGAGGUCAGUGAAAACAAGCUUAGGGAGAUCAGCCUCAAUCACGAGUGGACCUUUGAAAAACUCAGGCAGCUUGUGACCCGUAACGCACUGGACCAGCAGGAGCUGCACCUCUUCAUGCUCUCUGGACUUCCGAAUGCAGUGUUUGACCUCACGGACUUGGAAGUGCUGAAACUGGAGCUGAUUCCUGAGGUGAGGUUUUCGGCAAAGGUCUCCCAAAUGACCAGCCUGCUGGAGCUGCAUCUCUGCCACUGUCCAGCCAAAGUAGAGCAAACAGGGUUUGCUUUCCUCCGUGACCAUCUUCGCUGCCUUCAUGUCAAGUUCACUGACGUUGCUGAGAUCCCGGGAUGGGUGUACUUGCUGAGGAGUUUAAGGGAACUUAACCUAAUCGGCAACUUGAGCUCAGAAAAUAACAAAAUGAUUGGUCUAGAGUCCAUGCGAGAUUUGAGGCAUUUAAAGACAUUGUGCUUGAAGAGCAACCUCACAAAAAUGCCUACAAACAUCACAGAGCUGUCGCCACAUCUGAUUAAGCUCGUAGUGCACAAUGAUGGUACAAAGCUGGUGGUACUAAAUAGUCUGAAAAAAAUGACAAAUCUAAUUGAACUGGAGCUGCACACCUGCGAACUGGAGAGGAUUCCCCACGCUAUUUUCAGCUUGACCAACUUGCAGGAACUCGACCUGAAAUCGAACAACAUCCGAACUAUCGAGGAGAUCAUCAGCUUCCAGCAUCUCAAGAGGCUGACGUGUCUUAAACUGUGGCACAACAAAGUUAUCACCAUCCCAUCCUCCAUUGGCCAGGUCAAGUCUCUGGAGUCUCUCCACCUCUCUCACAAUAAACUGGAGACCCUGCCUCCGGCCCUGUUCACUCUCCCUAAACUGCGGUACUUGGACGUGGGCCACAACUCCAUCUCAGUGCUCCCUCCAGAUGUGGGUCUCCUCUACAAUCUGCAGCACUUUGCCAUCAACUCCAACAAGCUGGAGGCGCUGCCCAAGCCUCUGUUCAGAUGCACCAAGCUCAAGGCGCUGUGUCUGGGGAACAAUGCCCUCACCGUUCUGCCGGAGACUGUGGGUCAACUGGUCCAGCUCACUCAGCUGGAGCUGAGAGGAAACUGUCUGGACAGACUGCCCGUCCAGCUGGGAAACUGUCGCCUGCUGCGCAAAAGCGGCCUGGUUGUGGAGGACCAUCUCUUUGACGCACUGCCUGUGGAAGUGAAGGAGAACUUCAGCCGAGAGACCAACGCGUCCUUUACGAGCGGCUUAUAGCACAAAAAGCACGACUCGUGGUUCACGAGGUCAUGACAAGCCUGCAUAACGGAUGUAAGAGGAGACUCUUUAUUAUUAUAAUAUCCAUAAAAAUGAAUGCAUUUUCUUGAUUAUUUUAAUGAGUUGUCUAAGUUGCUUGUGUAUUAAAAAUGGUACAGAUAGUUUUACUUGUUGCUGAGUAUGUAAUUCAGCAACUCUUUGGCAUUUAGGCUUUUCAUAGCUUUGAGUAAUAAAACAUUAGAAAUCUAGCUUCUCUAUGUAAUACUCUAUAGACCAAAACUGUUUGCUCCAAUGACACAGUAUGUAGAUUUUCCAUUAUUGUUUGUACUCAGGUAUAAUUGUAACCAUGGGGAACAAUCUUUUUUGCCUUAACUGCUGCUUUUUUUUUUUUUUUUUUUUUUUACAGUGAGGGCUUUCACAAACACAAGGCCAAAAAUGAAUUGUUAAUGUUUUCUUGUCAGUUUUUCAUACAUACACUAUCCACAGAGCAAUUUCUACAUGUUAUAGAAGAGGACACAAUGCAACACUUCUUUCUCAGUAGCUUUAACUUUUAUUUCAAUCGUGUAACCUUUAUUUUUCUCAAUGUCUUGUAGCCAAAGGAAUGAGUUUAGAGUUGAAAACUCAGGUGGAGACGAAGCACCAGAAAUUAACCUUUACCUUCCUGUUGUAGAGAUUGUAUACUAAGGCCUUUAGUAAUUCAUUUGCACAUUGAAAACAUAUUGAUUUAAAGAACGGUGAAUGUCCUUUGUGAUAACAUGUCCCCAGACCAACGUGAGCUGAUAAAAGGGAACUCUUUUUAAUCAUGCUUUGAAGUUUGAAAUGUGUAAUAAAACCGGUAGGACUGAUUACUUAACAUGUCAGAACUGAACAAUGACGACACAUCUGCCUUCAUUCUUCUCAAUGUAUUUCUAUGUAGGCCUAUAUAUACAGUUUGUGUUCUUCAGAGCUGCUGUACCACCUUUGUGAUCCUAUGCUCAAAGGUCACAGCUUUAUGGCACAAUAAAACACGAUUUUAGAUGAA